GUAGUGGAGUACGAUCCCUGGUGCGAAUGGGCGGAUGGCCACGUAAGAAGAGUCUACGGGCCAGACUGCGAAGAAGCGCGAAGACACGCGUCCGGAUGGGCGAUGAGGAACACGAAUAAUCACAACGUGAGCAUCUUGAAAAAGUCUUGCCUCGGUGUGUUGGUAUGCUCGCAAGAAUGCAUACUACCUGGCGGUGGAAGGGUUCACCUUCGACCGGCGAUUUGUGACAAGGCAAGGAAAAAGCAACAAGGCAAGCCAUGCCCGAACAGACAAUGCACCGGCCGGCUGGAGAUACUUUCGUGCCGUGGCCAUUGCGGUUAUCCAGUGACGCAUUUUUGGCGACACACUGAGCAUGCGAUAUUCUUCCAAGCGAAAGGACAACACGACCAUCCACGACCGGAAGCGAAAUCUACAUCCGAGGCGAGGCGAAGCGUGGGUGCCGGCCGAAGGGUGCGUGGACUAGCAGUUCUUCUGGCGAACGAGGCUGCCUUGGGUUCCAAAGUACAUGAAUCCUCGUGCUUUUUCCAGUUAAUGUCACUACGUGGAACGAAAAGACCGAACUCGGAAGCAAUCGAACCUCCAAGGACGACGCAACCACCGCCACUAAUACCGGACAAAGGAUACUCCUGUUCCUGUCCGCCAUUUGAAUGCAUGUGUGGCCUGCAGACGAACGCCUCGGCUUAUCAGCAAUCUCAUCAUCAUCAUCAUCAUCAUCAUCAUCAUCAUCAGACAACCAUGUAUCCUCAGCAAGCAGCCCCGAACGACACCCCGUACUGGCUCCAAGACACCGUGCCAUCCCAAGAGAACGCUCUGGGAUACAAUCUGGCCAACGAGGUGCCCCAUGAAGCCUCCUAUCCCGAUUUUCCCUCGUUCACCGGAGAACUGCUCCAACCGGAAGAGAUCUUCCAGCUGGACCAACCCCUCAGACCAGAGUUCACGAUGAAUUCUCAAGAAGUGGCUAGAUCACCGCCUACGUUGCUCGAUCUUGGAAGCGGUACGAUUAAAUACGAGAUGAAACAACAUCAGGAUCAAGCAUAUUGGAACCAAUUUCUCAGCGAAGAUUCUAGCAGCAGUCACUUGAGCAUGCCCCAGGACGACCGGCUUCAGUUUCCUGGUUUCGAGACGGACAAAGACUCCAAUGGCUUCUGCGUCAAGAGACCCGUGAACCAUUUCGUAUCCAACAAGGAAGUGAACCAGAAUCACCACUUGAACAAUCCGUUGAACUUCCAAGACUACCAACGACACCAGAAUCACAAGAGUUUCGUGGACGGGCCGGUGAAGAACGACCAAGAGGCGAACUAUUGGGCUCAGAGUCAUCAGGACGAUCGUUUGAACUUCCCUGGCUUCGACCAUCACAAAGAGGAGGAUCUGUUGUCGCCUAGAAGAGACGUGAACUGUUUCCCCAAGGAGAAUUGUCAACCAGGGUUAAUCGACCGGGGGAAUUACAACAUCUAUCCUAAAAAGGAGAACGGAAUGGUCGAUCCCGUUCGCCCUAGUCGCAGCCCCAUGGAGACCAAGCAUUAUUCCUACGACGGCUACAGUCAGAUGUUCGAGCAGUCGGACGGCAAGAGUCAGUUGACCAAUCGUUCUAAUCAGAACACGAACCGAAUGGUUCUGGACGAACGAUUGCAGAAUAAUUACGGCCGUGAGACGAAUCCAGACUCAACCGAGAGAUUGUUCCCAGACUCGAACGGCAUGGAGGCGGCCAUGCCAGCGCAGAACAGUCCGGAACCUUUCUUCUAUUCUAGUAACGAUCGUUGUCAUUACACUUGCGAGGUGCUUGACACCCGGUUGCCCCAAAUGCCCAUGGCGAAUCCGACAGUCGCGCAAUCCGCUAUGAAUAAUUACGGCGACGUCAGCGAGUUGGAUCUACCACCUUUCGUUGAUUACACUCUCGUAGGCAUGCUGUGCUCCACGGAGGAGGACACGUCGACUUUAUUAACCGGCUGUCCCCAAAACGGACAGAACUACGUUCCCCAUCAUUAG